AUGGUUGCUCCAACUGUGGGGAAAACCCUACUCAUCGCAACAUUGAUAUCAUUUGCUGUAUUUCUAACCCUAAUUUUGUUCAUCCCUACGCCCUUUUCCCAAUUUCCUCUCAGUCAUCCACCGUCAGAAAGAGUUGAGAUAUGGAGUUUGCGGAGAUUGUUCGAGUGGCGGCCUUGCAAUUGGUGGCUUCAAGGGCCUCCUGCUGCUCUGCCAGCCAAGAGCAAUGGGUAUAUUCGAGUUGAUUGCUAUGGUGGACUCAAUCAGAUGAGAAGAGACUUUUGUGAUGGUGUUGGUAUUGCCCGCUUGCUGAAUGCCACUCUUGUUCUACCCAAAUUUGAAGUUGCUGCGUAUUGGAAUGAAUCUAGUGGAUUUGGUGAUGUGUUUGAUGUGGAGUAUUUCAUGCAAAAAAUGAACGGCUUCGUGCAUAUUGUGAAGGACCUGCCUGAAGAGCUUGCAUCGAAAGAGCCCGUUAGAGUUGACUGUAGCAAGCGUAAAGGCUUGUUUGAUUAUGUGGAAACUGUACUCCCGUCACUCUUGGAGCAUAAAUACAUUUCACUUACUCCAGCAAUGAGUCAAAGAAGGGAUAGGUACCCUCAGUAUGCAAAAGCUGCUCUUUGCCAGGCUUGCUACAACGCUCUACGCCUAACCACUACAUUGGAACAAAAAGCUUCGAAGCUUAUAGAAGCCAUGCCAAAACCUUUCCUCUCACUCCACCUCCGGUUUGAACCUGACAUGGUGGCUUACAGCCAGUGCUCGUACUCUAAUCUUUCCCCUUCAUCCGUUCAAGCAAUCGAGUCUGCACGUGGGGACAGAAAACCAUGGACCGGUCAACAAGCCCGUUUGUGGCGUGCACGGGGAAAAUGCCCGCUCACACCCAACGAGACAGCUUUUAUUCUCCAAUCUCUCUCUAUACCCACAAACACAAACAUAUAUCUGGCAGCUGGGGAUGGUGUUAUGGAGCUCGAGGGUCUAACAUCGGUUUACGCCAACGUUUUCACCAAAUCUACCCUCUUGAGUGGUGAGGAUGUUAGAAACAUGCAUGGGAACACGAAAGCCGCUUUGGAUUAUUACGUGUCGAUCAACAGCGAGUCUUAUGUGGCUACAUAUUUUGGGAAUAUGGAUAAAAUGGUGGCAGCCAUGAGGGCUUUCAAAGGGUAUUAUAAGACGCUGUUUUUGAGCAGGAGGGGAUUUGCGGCUUUGAGUUCACAGGGGCUUAAGGGUAAUUUGCUGAUGGAGGCUUUGUGGAAGGUCCAUAGGGAUGAUUUUGUGAUGGGGGUCGGGUCGGCCCUGCCCGACUGCUUCUGUGAAUUCAAACUAUGA